GCGUUGACAGUUCUGCAUUCAUGUAAUCAUCGUUGUGCAUAUGCGGUUAUUCGCCCUCUCCGAAAGGUUCUAGUAAAUUAUGAUGAUUUAUAAACUUUGUUAGAACCGUGAAUGUGAAUCAUGUACAAAUUGUGCCAAACAAGCUGGCGCAGAACUCAGAGCUGCUCUGCCGGAUUCAACCUGCUCUGUGAUGUGCUGAAGCACACCGUACGUGUUACGCCGGCAGUACGACUCGCCAGUGACAAUGGCCACACAUUUGACGCUAUGCUUGCUAAACGACGAGCUGAAGCUCGUCGAAGUAUUCUGGUUCAGGUUAGUUCGGAACGAUCUUCCACGGAGCUGUCAGCCUAUUGUGCACAGUUUGGUACGAUAGUCAGUUCUCACCACUAUCGUGUCGGUGGGACCCCGUCAGGCUCCGGAGAGGAUGAAACCGAUUGUCACUACAUUCUGGUGGAGUUUAAUGCUCCUGAGGAAGCGGAGACCGCUAUGCAAUCAGCAGUGUUUAACGAGGAACGGCCGGGAGUCCGGGCAAGAUCGAUUUUUCUGUGGUUUAGAGCUGGGCCUAAACCUCAACUUGCUGCAAAAAAGACUCAUUCGAAAUCGGAAGUCAAUAGGGCAAAACUUUCCACCGUAGACGGAUCGCGUUCCAUAAAGGACAUGGAACUAAAAGACCUGCUUUUAUCAGCAGAAAGUAUUAGGGAUCAGAUAAAAGUUCUCUAUGAAGCAACUUGCUUGAAUGAUUUGGGGAAAAGAUUACGAUUCUUAGCCGUCCGACAGAUGGAGUCAUCGUUACAGGGGAUUUUUCCACAGGCAGUUGCCUAUCCAUUCGGAUCGUCGGUCAAUGGUUACGGGAAAAUGGGCUGUGAUUUGGACUUAGUUUUAGAUCUGGAUUCAGAAGCAGGUUCGCAACAGAAUCGAGACUCUCGACUGGUUUAUCACACAAAAGCAUCCAAUAUAAACGAACGUUCCCAGAUCCAACGUCAGCUGGAAGCCAUCGGAGAUGUGCUUCAGCUGUUCCUGCCCGGGGUGAACAGUGUCCGUAGGAUACUGAAAGCGAGAGUUCCCAUUAUUAAGUAUCACCAUGAGCAUCUAGAUCUGGAGAUUGAUCUAACGAUGAACAACAUGACGGGUGUUCACAUGUCAGAACUGCUCUAUCUCUUCGCGCAAAUCGAUCCACGCGUUCAGCCUCUAACCUGUUGUGUGCGAAAAUGGGCCCAAUCAGUUGGUUUAACUAAUCAAGCACCGGGCUAUUGGAUCACCAAUUUCUCCCUGACCAUGCUGGUGAUGUACUUCCUACAACAGCUGUCCGAUCCUAUUCUACCUGCCAUCAAUAAAUUAACCCAGAGUGCAACCAAAGCCGACCUCCGAAUAACUGCCAACCACGUGAGCUGUUCGUUUCUUCGCGACGUUAGCAGAUUAGAUUUUAAAACAAAGAACACGGCUAAGCUGGACGAAUUGCUGUUGCAGUUUUUCGACUUUUAUGCUAGUUUUGAUUUCAGUCAGCGAGCCAUAAGUCUAAACCUCGGUUCAUCCAUUCUUAAGCCGGAUCAUAGCCCAAUGUACAUCGUAAACCCACUGGAGACAACUUUGAACGUGAGUAAAAACAUCAAUCUUGAAGAAACGGAACUGUUUCGGAUCCAGGUUAGGAAUGCUUUGUGGCUGCUGGACACACAUGACCGGUCUACCCGAACCAGUGGCGAUGACUGGGGUUUGGUCAGCUUGUUUGGCAAUAAAACGACCAAGGAUCGCAUUACUCCGCAGAUGUUUUUCACCAAGCGGCUAGUGGAUGUAAAGGACAUUUUUGAGGACGCUGCAGCCGAUACUGGAGUUGAUAACAGGAACCGCACCGUGAAGCAGCAGGUGGCAAGUAUACAGAAAGCGACCCGGGAGCAGAUUAGUAAGCUUGCGAAACAGUCCGAUAGUGGGCUGGCUAACAACGGUGGUUCCACUAGUAGCGGUAAUGGCAUCAAGCUGAAACGGAAGGCGAAAAGACGGUGAUAAAGGGACGUUAUAGAAUUAUAAUUCAGAGUCGAGUUCUAAACUUCUAAACCUUACACUAGAUUUGCUUCAGUGAGAUAUCACUUUUUAUAUUCUUUCUUUCCAAUCAAAAUUUGACCUAGUAAUUGUAAAAGCAAUCUCUUCAAAACUAAUCGUUCGCCAUGUAAGUUAAUUUGUCAUCCGCAUCAAAUGAAACCGAGGCCAAACGUU